AUGGGCUUCCUCCCGCCCCUCAACCUAGCCCAGGUUGAUUUGAUGCACACAUCAUUCGUCCAUGGACUAUCUUCAAAGCCAUCUGUCACUUCUCUUCUCUCGGGACCCAUCACCGAUUGCUUAGCUCGAGGUCCCUCUGGUGGGUCUCACGGUUUACACAUCGUCUUCCACCACGCACAGUUGAUCUUUGCCGCUGACCUCCCUAAGUAUCUACCGUAUCCCUUCCUGUCAAACAACACUAUUUGCUUCGGUCCUACGUCUCAGCCAGCCCUCGCUAGCCCUCAUCCCGACAGAAACAACCAGCAGACGCCGAGAGAAGGCAUGGAUGUCUUCAACCUCCCAGCAUACUCUAUUUCUCCCACAGUCGCUUGCUGCUGCAAUUUCCAGAUCUUGCCUCGCCUCGGCCUCCUGUCCCGUACGCAAUGGAACCGGCGGCCGCAUGCGCCGUUCGGCAACAUGGCCCUCGAAAUGAAUUGCCCCCCGGAACCUCCCAUCUUCCUUGCCUCUGGCGAUCCCGGCCUCCAUUACUCCGUCCUGCGACGAUACUCCUCCGCCGCCGCCGCCUUCGCCCAAGCCGCAGCUUCAGUUAGAAAGAAUACCUUACUCCUCCCAUCGCUCGACAAUCCACAAAGCAUCCCAUCUUCGUCUAUUCGCUACAGGGCCGUUGAGCGCCAGCUUCAAGACAGCACGGGCGUGUGUCAACAAACAUCGAGUAGAGGGUGGACAUGGUGUGCUGCAUCUGGCCCCAUCGGGAACUUGCUAAGAGCCCACCACAGAUCACCGUCGCAGGGAAGCUCGCCGUUAGCUCGACAUUACGACGUGCUUGGGCGUUGGUUCAAUGGCUCGCCGCACCCUCCGGUACGAUGCUGGUCGGCUGCGACGCCUUGGCUGGCAUCUGAUUCCACCACUUUUGUCAACCACAUUCCGUCACCCUCUGCUUCGAAUUCCAUGCACUACCGAGCCAAUGGAUGCCACCCCGGCUUCUGUGCAGCCAUGCCAAACGCCACUUCGCCAGUCGCAACACUGUCGCUGCUGUUCGUCUGCGUUGGAUUCCAGAAGCAUGAAUGGGCCCGAAUCUGGGUCCGAGCCUUUGGUCUUCCAUCAGAUUCCGCCAUCAUCCCUCUUAGGGUAUUUCAGGUGGUCGAAUCUUGCAUGGAACAGCUGCCGUCGAUGCUUCACAAUCGCCACUGUUACUUCACUAUCGAGACUUGUCUGCAGGUUUACCGUCAAUGGAAACCCGCACCUGUUGAUAUACGUCGAACUGCAUCGGUUCUUUGGAUGGCAGUCCAAAUGACCCAUCAUACGCAUACAUAUAAUCCACUUGCCAAGUUUCGUCAAGUAAACAGGUUGGGGCUCAGUGUCCACCACGAGUCAUGGCUUCUCCCCCUCGUCAACCUUUCCGCAGUCCGCACGCCUCCAGGCCGAGCCGAUAUGAGCGGGACCUCCGUCCUCGAGACAUGCGACCCAGGAUCAAGUUUAGACCAGGGAUCUCCCCAGAAUGUUUUAGCUCCUUCGGACACAAUCCAUGUUACUCCUCCUGGCGUGCUUGAAGAAUGCCACGGCCACCUGGUUCGGAUGACACACGGACCUUACCACGGUAAGCCGCAAAUUCGCAGCCGCUUGACCGAAGAAACAAGGCAGCUGUUCGAUACAGAGCUCCAUACCAAGAGAAUCUUCUUCUUAGGCUUGAAUCUACUCUUGCUAGGUUCCACGCGUCAUGUCUUGAGGUGGAAGGAUGUGACACAAAACUCACCCUUCGCUCUGCUCCGUCGGACGGUUUCUUAUGGGUCCACUAGUCGCGGCAUGAAUAUGCACACUGUCAUAUCGUCUGGCGGCUUCAUUCCUGCCUCUGAGAGCGUGUCUUCUGUCAUUUUCUUCUCGUACAGACUCCUGUUAAUGACGCAUCCUAGAACCCCAACAGGCUCAGCGCGAGACGAUGAUGAGGGCUCCAGCCUAUCUUCUGUUCGUCAACUCCACGGUGUCAAGGUCCCUGCACUAUGCAGUGUAAUAUACCAAACUGUCAGGCUUGUCAUCACUGAUACCGGCUCUACAGUCUACCUUCAUGGUGGCCAACAACGGAACUGCGGGCAAGUUGCGCCGGCAGACCCGAUGCACUGCAAGCCGGCAUUCGCCAAUAUCAGGGCCGGGAAGCGAGAAGAGGAGUCUAGAACACCGUUUCCUUCUGACAGAGGCGCUCCAACCGCUCCCAAGCCACCGGAUCCCCAUGACCUGAUGUCCAAGAUGGCCGAGAACACGGAUCCUUUAAUCUUCCUGGAAUGUAGUGGUGGCCGCGACCUUCCUGUCGACCAAGAGAAGCCCUCCUUGGCCGCCGUGGCUUAUGUGAUUCUCUCUAACCGUUUCUCCGUCAUCGUACAUCAGGCCCCAGUCGCUUGGGUGCCGCAAAGGACACUCACGGCCCUGAUGACAGCGCAUGGUGGUAUGGGUGGAAUCGUGCGGGAAGCGCGUCCCGGGGAAGCAGGCAAGCACUUUCCGGAGGAGUCGAUCUUGGAUGAUGCGCAUCCAACCUCCCAGUUUCAUGCAAACCCACGACGUAUGGGCAUGCAUCCGCCAAGGAAGACUACUCUUCUGAGCGAGUUCCCCCAUUCUAUCUCCGCUCUCGUAAUGAGUUGUCCAAUUUCUGACGCAUGUCUCACAGGUUGCAAGGCCCCGGAGUUGAUGCGACAUCGUCAAUUUGGCAGUACCCGUACUGAAGAUGAGCUAUCGUCUUUUCCAUCCUGGACAGUUUCCAACGGCUUCUGGACACUCUCUACCUCUGGAAAGAAUCAAGACAAGGUUAGAGGAAUACAGACCGCACGGCGGCAACCAGGGCCAAACCCUCGCACAACUCUACGAGGUUCUGCUAGUUGUGCAAUUAAUCAGCACAACGGCAGCAGAGAAGUCUUUGGCUGGUUCCUGGAACCCUUGGACUUCGAGUCACACGAGGGAGCAUGCAUAGUGACCUACGUGCCAACAUGCGACAUGGCUAUUGAGGACAACCGCCCAUAG